AUGAGACAGUGUGUUGGAUAUAUUUUCAAUUUGAUUCAUAGAGUGUAUUUGUAUUUAUUAUCGUGGGUGGCUUAUUUUUGGUCCUUUUUUUACGAUGGCAACAGAGUAUCAGCGACGGCGCAGACGCGACAGAUCGACGUCGGCUCCCCUAUCGAAGGCGAGAAGAAGAAACACAACAAGAUCAAGACGUCCAAGUACACGCUCCUCUGGUUCCUGCCAAAGAAUCUAUCGGAACAGUUUCGGAGAGUUGUCAACUUCUACUUCUUGAUAGUUACCAUCAUCUCCAUUGUGAUUGACAGUCCAGUGUCUCCGUUUACGAGUAUUCUUCCCCUAAGCUUCGUUGUGCUGGUAACAGCUGUGAAGCAAGGCUACGAAGAUUGGCUAAGGCACAAGGCUGAUAACAAGGUCAACAACCAGAUAGUUGAAAUAGUCCACAAAGGCGUGAUCAAUGAAGUGCGGAACUCCUCAAUCGCGCCUGGCACUCUUGUCCGAGUGCGGAGAGGGAAGGAGGUGCCAGCGGACUUGGUGCUCCUCUGUUCUGCCGGGGACAAGGGGAAAUGCUACGUCACCACCGCUAAUUUGGAUGGAGAAACCAAUUUGAAGACUCUAAGAGUACCACCGCCUUUAGUCGGGUUUACUCCAGAUAUCCUACCUCAUGGUAUGAAAAUCGAGAUUCCCAAUCCAGUGGCAGAUCUGUAUACGUUCUACGGUCGCCUCGAGAUCCCUUACCAGGACAGUCUAGUGCUGACUCCAGAUCACCUCAUGUUGAGAGGAUCCAGGGUCAAGAAUACUGAAUGGGCUAUUGGCUGUGCUGUUUAUACGGGUGAAGAAACGAAACUAGCUCUUAACUCAAAAUACACAGGGAACAAAUUCUCAUCAAGCGAGUUGGCGAUUAACCAGUCGUUGCUAUGGUUCAUAGGGUUGCUAAUCGCUGAAAUAGUGAUCUCUUUAGUGGCAAAGUUAUGGAUAGAGCGACGGAACCGUGAGAGAGACCUGUACUUGGGGCCUGGGUCCCCAAUCCCGGCUCCAUUCGGCGAUAUCCUGCAAGAUCUGUUUUCUUUCUUGUUACUAUAUUACUAUAUUAUACCUAUGUCUCUUUAUGUUACUAUUGAGCUGUAUAAGUUUAUUGGAUCACUAUUCAUAGCCUGGGACGAGGAGCUUCGGUGCGAAGAGACAGGAAGGCCAGCGGCAGCAAACACAUCAGAUUUGAACGAAGAGUUAGGUCAAGUAGAAGUCCUAUUUUCGGACAAAACAGGGACUCUGACUAAAAACCUCAUGGUGUUCAAGGCAUGCUCCAUAAAGGGAGUAAUGUAUGAAGAAAAGGACUCCAAAUUAUAUGACGUGGAACAAUUUGAUGAACCAGUCGAUGUGUUUCAGACAGACAUCAAAUUCUUCUUCAAAAUCCUCGCUCUCUGUCAUUCCGUACAAGUAUCAAACGAAGACAUGAAGAAGCUCAGCGCCCGUCUCUCAGUUACCGGCAACAUGCAGCUCAUGAGCUUCUUCAAACGAAAGAAGAUUAAAACCAAUAACACCAACGGGUCAGUCGUCGACAAUGUAACUUGGAACUCUAUUAUCAAUGAGAAUGGGAAUAAAAUUGAUUAUCAAGCUAGCAGUCCUGACGAGAAGGCGUUAGUCGAAGUAGCUGAGCGGUUUGAUAUAACUUUUCUAGGUGAAGAAGGAAAUGAUUUAGUACUGAAAGUUGGAGAGCAUACUGAAAUGUAUGAACGACUCCAGAUAAUUGAGUUUACUUCGGAAAGGAAGAGGAUGUCUGUUAUACUUCGGGAUAGAGAUGGGAAGAUAUGGUUGUUCUGCAAAGGAGCUGAGAGUUCCGUGUUCCCUCUGUGCACGAACUACAGCUGUGUGCAGGAGACUGACAGAGAUAUCAACAUAUUCGCCAACAAAGGUCUUAGGACGCUCGCUAUUGCUUACCGAGAGGUGCCUGAGGAGGAGUAUGAGAGGGUUGCUGAGGCAAUAAAACGCCUAGACGGUAAGAGCGCGGAAUCACUCCAGCAAGUGACGCAACAAUAUCGCGCACUGGAGCGACACCUGACAUUGGUCGGAGCUACUGGCGUCGAGGACUGUCUGCAGGACAACGUCGCUGAUACACUGGCUUCAUUGCGAGCUGCCGGAGUUAAGACUUGGGUGCUUACUGGGGAUAAGGUAGAAACAGCAAUCAACGUCGCCCAAUCCUGCGCACAUAUAUCAGAAAACGACAGAAGAAUGUUUAUGAUUGGCGUAGAAGACAAGACGACGUUACAGGCUCAUUUAGACGAGUGUUCCCGGAUCAUUAGUGAACCAAGUUACAGAGACCUGACCUUAGUCGUAGAUGGCACUAGUAUGACGCAAGUUUUAGACACUGUAUAUGCGCCAGCGUUUGUUAAUAUUGCUAUAAGAUGUCAUGCUGUGCUAUGCUGUCGGUUGUCGCCUAUACAGAAGGCUAAGAUCGUAAAAUUAAUAAAGGAAAGUGACGAGCGACCUAUCACUGCGGCCAUAGGAGAUGGAGCCAACGAUAUAUCUAUGAUACAAGAGGCACAUGUCGGCUUCGGCAUUCUAGGCAGAGAGGGACAUCAGGCUGGGAGAUCUGCUGACUUCGCGAUCACGAAAUUCUCAAUGAUCAAGAAGAUUUUACUAGUCAUGGGACACUGGUACAACCAGCGACUGGCCACACUCAUACAAUAUUUCUUCUAUAAGAAUCUAGUCCUUGGGAAUAUUAUGUUUCUAUUCCAAAUACACACGGUGUUCUCGACGCAGUCAAUCUUCGACUCAAUGUACCUGACGUUCUACAACCUCGUGUUUACGUCAGUGCCAGUACUACUGCUGUCUGUCACUGAACAGGCCUGGCCUUCUGAUGUACUCUAUAACAACCCUCAACUAUACAGCGGUAUAAAGAAGAACAAGUUGAUGUCGUGGCCGUACUUCGUGUCUUGGUGUAUUGCCGCCACGUACCACUCCCUCGUCAUAUACUGGUUCAGUUAUUUAGCCUUCAAGUAUUCUGUCAUCAAUCUUGAUGGGAAGCCUGUGGAUUUGUGGUGCUUCGGCGCAGUGUCGUUCCACCUGCUGACGGUGGUGGUCAACCUGAAGCUGUGGCUGCACGCGCGGUACCACACGCUACUGUUCGUCUUGUCGGUGCUGCUCUCCAUUCUCAUCUAUAUAGGCUUCAAUACUGUGUAUUCUGUUAUUUAUUUGCAAAUCGACGGCGAUGUUCUUGGAACGUAUCUAAGGUUACUCCAAUCUCCUGGCUUCAUGUUUCUCAACCUAGUUGUAGUUAUAGGCUGUCUACUGCCAGACUUUGUCGUCAGGAUCAUCUCCGAGCGCCUUAUAAGAAUGAGGAUCAUGAAACGACCCACCGAACCUACUGUUUUUAUUACUAGUCUAUGA